CUGAACUGUUAUCUUCAGACAUCCAGCUGGAGGAACAGGUGGUAAAAGUGCGUACAGAAGGAGAAAUUAAUAAAGAGAACGAAGAAGAAAUAAUACAAGAAGAGACCAUGUUAGAUACAGAUUCAUCUUCCACUGAGAAGACCACAACAGGCCAGACCCCUAAAUCUGUAAAAGAAAACCCGCUCCAACUGUCGUCCCUCUUCACCGGACAGCUCAGCCCCAAGAAAGAAGCCCUUGAGGAAAAAGACACUCCAGAGCAACCCCAAAGCCCUGCCAAAAGAGGACUUUUUACCGAUCAGUCUAACAAGAAAGAAGUCAAGGGAGACUUCCUAGAACAGCUUACCCAAUUCCUCAGCAAGGGGGAAGGAAAGAGAAAGCAAGAGAGCAUGACAAGCCCCCCACUGUCUCCAAUCAGUCAGGAUCCUGCAGAAAAGCCAGAGACAACUAUAGAGGAGCCAGCCAAUACCCAGUCUGAGGAAACAAACAAAUCUACAAAUGCGGAGAUGGCCCUAGGUGCAUUGAAGUCUUUCUUCACAGUUAAAUCUGCCAAGAAAGACACUUCAAAUCGCAUGGACCUGGACACUGUAAAGAGGAAGAUCAACAGGGACAAAGACGUCCUCAAAGCCUUCUUUGAUAGGAGGAGCUCAAGCAAGUCUCCAGACAACAAAGAAACUACUGAUUCCAAAGCUGAGGUGAGUGAGGAGCACACCCCAAAGCGACUUCAGACUGUUUGGCCUCCACCAAAACCCAAAUACGAAGAGGAAAAGAUUGGUCUAAAAUACACUGAAGCUGAGCAUCAGGCAGCUCUUCUGCAGCUAAAAAGAGAAUGUAAUGAAGAGGUGGAGAAGUUACAGGCCGACUUCAAACUUGAUUUCUUCCGGUUACAAAAGAAGAACGAAGAGGAUCUGUCCAGAUUAGGAUCAACCAUUGCCAGCUUACAAAGAGAGAGAGACGAAGAGAGAGGCAGAGAUCACAGAGAUGUUGCUGUGUCCACUGUCGACAACAUCAAACCACGGGCCUUCCGCUCUGUGUGUAUUCAGACAGAAAGAGAGACUAAGGAAGAUGCCAAGGAAGCCCAGAGCAGGAGUUUUGACCCCCUGCCUAAAAAUGCUGACCUCAACGCAACAAAAAUCUUUACUGGCAAACAAAAGACAGUUCCUCCUCCAGCUCCUCCACCUGUAUCGCUUCAGUUACAGAUGGAUAGCAACAAUACUCCACCCCCUCCUCCUCCUCCUCCUCCUCCUCCUCUUCCAACAGGCCCUUGUAAUCCUAAUGUACCUCCACUUCCUGCUCAGCCACUAGAUAGGCCAGGAAGUGUGCCUCCUCCACCACCUCCACCAAUGACAGGAUGUGGUCUGCCACCACCCGUCCUCCACUCUGUCUCCCCUCCCCCUCCUCCUGGAGUUGGUAUCUUCCCCAGUAAAGCAGCAGACAAUCCUCCUCGCAAGCCGUCAAUGGAGCCAAAAAGUACCCCUCCUCCUGGAGUUGGUAUCUUCCCCAGUAAAGCAGCAGACAAUCCUCCUCGCAAGCCGUCAAUGGAGCCAGUCUGUCCAAUGAAACCACUGUACUGGACACGAAUACAGAUUCAAGAUCACAGGAACAAUAUGCUAUGGAGUUCCCUGGAAGAGCCAGAGAUAAUAAACACCAAUGAGUUUGCGGAACUGUUUGCUAAAGCCACAUCGCCCACCAAAAGAAAGCCCCUAUCCGAAGCCUAUGAGAAGAAAACCAAAGCCAGGAAGGUCAUUAAAUUACUGGAUGGCAAGCGCUCUCAGGCCGUGGGCAUCCUAAUCUCAAGUCUCCAUCUGGAGAUGAAGGACAUCCAGCAAGCUGUUUUGACUCUGGACAAUUCUGUGGUUGACUUGGAUGCUAUUGAAGCCCUGUAUGAAAAUAGAGCUCAGCCUGAGGAGUUAGAGAAGAUUAAGAAACACUAUGAAACCUCAGAUGAGGAGCAGGUCAAACUACUGGACAAGCCUGAACAGUUCCUGUAUGAACUCUCCCAGAUCCCUGAGUUCUCCAGUCGAGUUCACUGUUUAAUUUUUCAGUCGAAGUUCACUGACGCUGUUGCCUCCAUACAGCGCAAGACUGAGAUUAUUCUCCACGUCUGCAAGUAUCUGUUGGAGAAAGACAGUAUGAGGGAGGUGAUGGGACUGGUGCUUGCUCUGGGAAACUACAUGAAUGGAGGCAGCAGAGCUCGAGGACAGGCCGACGGCUUCGGGCUUGAGAUACUUCCCAAACUUAAAGACGUCAAGAGCAGGGAAAACCACAUGAGUUUGUUGGACUACAUUGUUUCCUACUAUCUGCAUCACCUUGAUAAGAAUGCUGGGACUGAAAAGAGCAUCUUUCCUUUGCCCGAACCUCAAGAUGUUUUCCUUUCCUCUCAAGUGAAGUUUGAUGACCUCUCAAAGGACCUGGGGAAGCUGAACAGAGACCUGACAGUUUGUGAAAAGGAUGUCCUAACUGUGUGUACCAACUCAUCUCAUGAGCACAUACAUCCCUUCAAGGAGAAAAUGGAAUCUUUCAAUGCCAACGCACAAACAGAGCUAAUUACUGUGGAACAUCAAGUGAUAUCGGCACGUAAAAGCUUCUCUGACCUAGUGGAGUACUUUGGACUGAAGCCACGUUCCGGAGAGCAAGAGAUUGUGCCUGGCCAUGUUUUCACACUUUGGUUUGAAUUCUGCAAUGAUUUCAAGAUCAGAUGGAAGAGAGAGAACAAGGUCAUAUCCAAACAGAGAAUCAAAGAGGCCCAACAUUCAGUGCGCAACAUGACAGCAGAGAAGAAGAUUGAGACCAGACAGGCACAUGUGAAAGGACUGAAAGAGAGAUUGCGUCUUAAAGAAGCAAGUCUGACCACCAGCUAACCCCCUCUGCCAUUUCCAAAGAGGACCAGAUACAUUUAUAUUUAAGACCCAGGCACUUGCAUUUUUGGCAGGGUCAGAAUGAAGUGCACCUGCUUGUGUGACACUUUUCCACCAGAAUGCAAGUUAGAGGAUGAUAGUCUUUCAGUGUAGUGGAUCCUGUGUAUAACCCAACAACA